AGAAGAGUCAAGGAUGCUGAAGCUAGAGUACUCGCUAUCUUCACCGGUGGCGGUUCAAAACCCUAGCCAGUCGCUUUCGAGCAAAGCUAGGGUUUUCAGCCCCAACAGCUUUGGAUUCGCUCCGAAUUCGACGUCGUUUGGGAAGAGACGACUCGCUUUGAAAUGUCGUCAGUCCGAGUACUUUGACCAGCAGAGGCUCACCGCCCCAAAUCCCCCGAGCGCCGCCGCUUCUGCUCCUCAAAGUCCUUCUGGAGCUACUGCGGUGCCGGCAAGGUUUUAUGUGGGGCAUUCGAUAUACAAAGGAAAGGCGGCGCUCACCGUUGAGCCCAAAGCUCCGGAGUUUACGGCUUUGGAUUCCGGAGCAUUCAAAAUGUCGAGGGAAGGCUUUGUGCUGCUUCAGUUUGCUCCUGCUGCAGGCGUGCGCGUGUAUGAUUGGAGCAGAAAGCAGGUAUUCUCACUAUCGGUGACAGAAAUUGGAAGCAUAGUGAGCCUUGGUGCAAAGGAGUCCUGUGAAUUUUUCCAUGACCCCUUUAAGGGGAAAAGUGAGGAAGGCAAGGUCAGGAAGGUCUUGAAGGUGGAACCUCUUCCAGAUGGAUCUGGCCGAUUCUUUAACCUUAGUGUUCAAAACAAGCUGAUCAACUUGGACGAGAAUAUUUAUAUUCCUGUCACCAGAGCAGAGUUUGCUGUUCUCAAUUCUGCUUUCAAUUAUCUCUUGCCCUAUCUUAUAGGUUGGCAUGCAUAUGCAAACUCUGUAAAGCCAGAAGAUAUGAGCCGUGUGAAUAACACCACUCCUAGAUAUGGAGGAGACUUUGAAUGGAGCCGGUAGUGAACAAUGUGGGGGUUCUCAGAAGUGCAAAUUAUGUUCUUUCUUGUGUGUUGUAACUGUACUGUGGUUAGGAUUUAGGAAAUCCUCAAAUUUUGUUAAUCAGAGUAGCUACCUGUUUAUGGAAAAUCUAGUACGGAUUGAAGAAUGAAGAGUAUGACCUUGGUUCUU